UAUCCUCUCUCUCUCUCUCUUCCUCUUCAAGGGAAUUCGCUUUUUCUAUCAGAUUUAGAAAAAUAAUUAAACAUUUUUUUCGAACGCAAACCUGGCAGAGCACUGCAGCAGAAACCCGGGUGUUCGAACCCGAGGCCAUGCGAGCCCCAUCGCCUCUCACCGCCGCCUCAUCCGCCGUGAUCCUUCGCCGGAACCCUAGAUGCACCACCAGCGCCGGCACCGCUUGAAGAGCUGGCCCGACCUCUGGUUCGGCGACGCUCCUCCCAAGCAUGUCGUCGUCAAGAUGCAGCAUCUUGGUGACCAAACCCUAGCCCUAGAUCGCCCCCCUGCGGCCCCCGCGGCCGCCGACCUCACCGCGCGCCUCUCCGACGAGCUCCUCCUCCGCAUCCUCGCCGCACUUCCCGACCACCUCCGCGGCCCCUCCUCCCUCGUCUCCAAGCGCUGGCUCCGCCUCGCGGGGCGCCUCCGCCGUUCCCUCACCCUCCUCGAAUGGCGCUUCCUCCACCGCCGCCUCGCCCUCCGCUUCCCCGACCUCACCGACCUCGACCUCGUCCCCGCCUCCUUCUCCUCCUCGUCCGCCUCCACCUCCGCCGCUGUGCUCAACCGCGGCCCCGUCUCCGUCCCCGUCGAGCCCCACGCCGACCCUCCCAUCGGCUACCGCCGCUUCCUUCCCCCGGACGCCAUCGACCGUGGUCUCGACGCUGUCGCGCGGAGCUUCCCCGGCCUUCGCAAGCUCUCCGUCGCCGCCCCAAUAGACUCCCAAUCGGGCCUCAUCGCCGUCGCCGAUGGUUGCCCCACUCUUCAGGAGCUGGAGCUCCACCGAUGCACCGAUCUCGGCCUCCGCCCCAUCUCCGCAUUCAACAACCUCCAGAUCCUCCGCCUUGUAGGCUCCGUCGAGGGUUUCUACGCUGGGCCCGGGGUCACCGACAUCGGCCUCACCAUCCUCGCCCAUGGAUGCAAGCGCCUCGUGAAGCUCGAGCUCGCCGGGUGCGAGGGGAGCUACGACGGGAUCUCCGCAAUCGGGCGGUGCUGCGCGAUGCUCGAGGAGCUCACGAUCUCCGACCACCGGAUGGACGCCGGGUGGCUCGCAGGGCUCUCCUUCUGCGCAAACCUCAAGACGCUGAGGCUGGUGGGGUGCCGCAGGAUAGACACUGAUUCCGGCCCCAUCGAGCAUCUGGGGUCAUGCGCCGCCAUCGAGCGGCUGCAGAUGCAGCGGUGCCAGCUACGGGACAGGAGGAGCCUCCACGCCCUGUUCGUGGUGUGCGAGGCGGUGAGAGAGAUUGUGUUUGAGAAUUGCUGGGGCCUCGACAAUGAGAUGUUCAGCUCCGCAAGCAUUUGCAGGAGGGUGAAGCUCCUCUCUUUAGAAGGCUGCUCGCUACUAACAACCGAAGGUCUCGAAUCUGUGAUCUUGACGUGGAAGGAUCUACAAAACCUCAUAGUAGUCUCAUGCAAUAAUAUUAAAAACAAUGAAGUUAGCCCUGCUCUAUCGAGCCUCUUCUCUGACCUCAAGGAGCUGAAGUGGAGACCGGAUACCAAAUCUCUACUCGCAAUGAGUCUCGCAGGGACUGGGAUGGGGAAGAAGGGCGGUAGAUUUUUCAAAAGGCGGAUCAUGCCGGGUCAACAGCGGCUAAAAGGUAAGGCAGAAGAAGACUCAUCUAAAUAGGCGAGGCAGUUAGGUGCCAAUUCUACGCACUGGCAAUUGUUGUACUUUACGGUGUAAAGGUUCAAGUAUUUAGGAUUAUACAGGACCAAUAUGCAAUCUUAUCAUCGCCAUACUUCGCGCGGGUUAUUUUGGCUGGCCAAGAUGGUGCUUUUACAUGGUCUAUUCAUCAUCUUAUGCAUGCCAUCGGAGAAUUGUUGACGUCAUAUUUAUGCUAAGAUUGCGAAUUCUAUUCGCAUUGGUACUAACUGUGACGCCUUUGCCUGUGGCAUGCAAGUAUGAUUACGGGAAAGCAGAACGAGAAUUUUAGCUUACAUCACAAUCAUCGCCUUUUCCUCCGGUGAAUGGUUAAUAUCUGGUACUCUAUAUGAGACAAAUUUUUACUGCUUAGGUACAGAGAACAAUGUGAAGCCGAUAUAUUAUUCACUUUGCUGUUGAUUGCUUACGAUUUACUUGGAAGCAGAGGGUAGUAUAAUCUGUGCAGUUUUUUC